GACAAAAGAAUAUGCCUUUUUUGUUUUCCCCUUGGGUGCUUCUUAGUUGGCUUUCAAGAUGCAGGGGUAUUACCAUAAUUUGCCAUUGGGCGUGCUUCAUUUUUGUCUAAACUGAUUUAUACUCCCCCGAACAUCCUUAUUCUUUUCUUGGCAUCGAUGCCUCUUUGGUGUAACUUCAUUUGAGGUGUGAUCUUUGUAAGAAAGGUGUGAUGUUGGGGUAGCCAUGACGAAAAUAGAAUUCUGACUUCCUCUUUGGAAAAUGGGUGUCAGGCAGUUUUAGUGGCAAGUAGACGUGAAGGGUGGGAACAAGAAAAGUUGAGUUUUCGGCUUUUGGUGGGGAGUGUAGGGGUCAGGGAGGAGGAACCCUAAUCAUAAAAGGGUCAGAUCUUUCGUGGGUGUUAUGGGAUUUCAUGAUCUGGGCGUUGCUUUAUUUGCGGGUACGGUUGUUGGGGGCUCAUAGUUUCUUUUGGAGGAUUUGAAGAUGAGUUGCUUCCCGUGCUUUGGAUCCAAGAAGGAGGAUGUGAAUCCUGCGAAGCCUGAGGGUGGGAAGGAUAUUAGGAAGGAUGGGCAGGUUUCAACUGGUUCUCAUAUCAGCAGAGUUAGCUCAGAAAAAUUGAAAUCUAGAAGCGUCAAUGAUUCUAAGAAGGAAAGUUCUGCUCCUGGAUCUACGCCAAAUAUUGCUGCUCAAACAUUUACCUUUCGGGAGCUCGCUGUGGCAACCAAGAAUUUUCGGCAGGAAUGCCUUUUGGGCGAGGGUGGUUUUGGCCGGGUUUAUAAGGGUCGGCUGGAGACUGGACAGGUGGUUGCCGUGAAGCAACUUGAUAGAAAUGGCCUACAGGGAAACAGGGAGUUCUUGGUGGAGGUUUUAAUGCUUAGCCUUUUGCAUCAUCCGAAUCUUGUGAAUUUGAUUGGUUAUUGUGCUGAUGGGGAUCAGCGGCUUCUAGUCUAUGAGUUUAUGCCAUUGGGUUCAUUGGAGGAUCAUUUACAUGAUCUUCCACCAGAUAAAGAGCCACUUGACUGGAACACGAGGAUGAAAAUUGCAGCAGGUGCAGCUAAGGGUUUGGAGUACUUACAUGACAAAGCAAAUCCUCCUGUUAUCUACAGGGAUCUCAAAUCAUCAAAUAUACUACUUGGUGAAGGCUUUUUUCCAAAGUUGUCAGACUUCGGUCUUGCAAAGUUGGGUCCAGUUGGUGAUAAGACUCAUGUCUCCACAAGGGUGAUGGGAACAUAUGGUUACUGUGCACCAGAAUAUGCUAUGACAGGACAGCUGACGCUGAAAUCUGACGUCUAUAGUUUUGGUGUAGUUUUCCUUGAACUUAUUACCGGGCGUAAAGCAAUUGACAACGCUAGAGCUGCUGGAGAGCAAAACCUUGUUGCAUGGGCACGUCCACUAUUCAAGGACCGCAGGAAAUUCCCGAAGAUGGCAGAUCCACUGUUACAAGGGCAUUAUCCUAUGAGGGGUCUUUAUCAAGCUCUUGCUGUUGCUGCUAUGUGCCUGCAAGAGCAAGCAGCAACUCGUCCUCUCAUCGGGGAUGUCGUGACUGCACUCUCGUAUUUAGCUUCCCAAACUUAUGACCCAAAUGCUGCUGCUGCUCAACAUAGCAGAGGUGGCCCGUCCACUCCAAGAGCAAGAGAUGAGAGGAGGGCUGCAAUUGGUGGAGCUGAUUCACCGGCUAGCAGACACUCUGUCCAAUCAUCACACCAGAAUUCUCCCAAUUUUCGGCACAAGGACUCCAGUCAGGGAGUAGUGUUUGGACCAGAAGUAGGUACAGCUGAAUCAGGAGGUGGUUCUGGAAGGAGAUGGGACUUGGACGGUUCUGACAAUGCUGGCUCUCAAAGGGACAGUCCAGUUCAUGGAGGGAGAGCCAGGAACCUCAAUCGUGACCUUGAUCGAGAGAGGGCCGUCGCAGAGGCAAAAGUCUGGGGAGAAAACUGGAGAGACAGGAGGCGGUCCACUGCACAAGGAAGCUUUGACAGCACAAAUGAUUGAACGAGAACAAAAACAGUUACACAUGAUUACAUGUUCUGUUUGUCUUAAUGAUCCAUGGUGGAGGCACGUGAUUGAUGCUGUUUCAGAAGUGGCCGCUAACCAUAAAGAAGGAACAAAAUGGGAUCAUGCAAACCAGUGAAUCAGUUCAUUCUUGGUUUCCAUUCUCAAGCCAAGGAAAUAAGGUAGAUAGUUGUGCAGCAGCAGCAGGUUCCACUUAGUUGGUUCCUCGUGUUGUGUUGCCCCUCUUCUUGUGUUGUCUAAUCUGAUGAGAUGUGCUGCCUGAAAUUCAUGCUUUUGGUCGGAAAAGGGUGCAAUUUGGGAGUCAUUCCCUUGUAGACAAGGAAUGGUUGUACAAUGUAGAUUUAUGAUGGUAUAUUACACUGGACGAGUUGAAACAUGCCACUGCUUGUACUUUCUGUUGUAUUUAGGGCUUCACGAUGCCCAAGAGAGGAUGUCUUGAAUAGGAUGCUUUUUCCAGUUCUCA